AUGUUUUUAUUUAUUUUACUUUGUAUAACCAACUUUGGGUUAAGCUAAUAACAAAAUAAUCUAAUUUGUUAUUAUGAAAGUGAUGAUUCAGCUUUAGUAUUAGACAUUUAAAGGCCAUAAUUAUAAUUGAUAGAAAUUUAAGCUGAUUCUUCAAAUGGUGAUACAAGAGGUUUUGGAUUCUGGUCAAAAUACAUUGCUAACUUGAUUCCUAAAGAAGAAUCAUUUUUUUAUAGACCUUUUGAUGAUCCUAAUUGUCAAACUGAAGUAUGCUAAUUUAAUGGGUUCUAUUUUCUAAAAUUACUUGAUGAUGAUGAAUUUAACUUUGCUGCAAUAAUCUUAAAUAUGAAUGAUAAUCCAGUUAGCUUAACACAUGAUUUUUAUUUGUUUAAAAAAAAUUCAGAUGAGAUUCAGUAAUCAUCAGUUAAUUUUGAAGCAAACAAUUAUGAAUGUAUAUGGUUCUAUACUUCAAUACUGUAUUCAUCAGUUGAUCAAAAAAUUCGAUUUUACACAAACUAUAAUAAUUAGUUAUUUGCCUUUGAUUAUAAAUUAAUGUCACAAAAAAUUACAAUAAUUUUAGGAGGGUAUGACACUGAUAUUUCAUAAAAUUUUGUUUUAAGUUGGAAUUCUUUACUAUUUUUUAAAGGAUAUUUUUCUCUUAUUUAAGAAUACGUUCCCUUUUUUUAUGAUGACAAUUUCUUUAAUAAUUUAUUAUCAAAUUGCCCAUAUUAGAAAUAAAAAACUCUUUAAAUAUCAGAGGAUUUAUUUAGAUCAAUGGAUCCGAAUCAAAAUAUAAAUGACCUUGAAGUUUUAGAAUAUUUAUACUUAACAAAAAAUUAAAGAUAUACCGUUAAAGGCUGGAUCAAGUAAAAUUAUAUUGAAGUACAGAGUAAUUAUUAUUAUAGGCUUACAACUACUAUUUGAAAGAAUAUGGCUUAACAUAAAAUGUAAUGGAUCAAGCAGUUAUUUCAAUUUCAUAACAACAUUAUAUAUUUAAUAGAAAGACGGGAGAUCGAAUGAUUGACUUUUAUUAUACAGUAUUUUAUUGAUUAAAGUAUAGGUCGACUUUGAAAACAACAAUGAAACUGUAAUAACUUUUAGAACUGAAUUUUAUAGGAUUCCUUUAUAAGUUCCAUUAUAUGAAGAUGAGGAAUUAAGAAAAUUUGAUGCAUUGAAAAUAAAAAAAGAUUAUUUUUAUGAGAAAACUUAAUAAUGGCACUAUCUUGUAAUCGAUAAAGGAAGAAAUCCAGUGAAUGGAGCUACUUUACAAUUAAGAUUAUAUUUUGUAAAUGAAGAACCUUUAGUUUAUAAUUUUGGAACAUAAAAUUAUAACUCUUAAUUUUCAGGAUCUAUAAUCUCAAUUAGUUUCAAGGUUUCAGCUUAUAGCUUAAGUCUAAAAAGCAGAUGUAAACUAGAAAAGUUUUUUUUCAUGUCUGGACAUAUUGAGGAUAAUACUGACAGAUAUGGUAAUUAUUAUAUUAAAUCAUAAUAGAUUGUGAUUCAAGCUGUAAAGAUUGUAAUGGUCCAACUAAAUAUCAUUGUAUAUCCUGCUAUACUGAAUUAAAUUAAUUUUUAACUUAAUUUCAUUCAUGUGAAUGUUUAUAUCUAAACGAAUAUAAUUAAAAAAGUGGAAUUUGUGAACCCAUAGAAAGAUCCUAAAGUUUAAGCAUUAUGAAAGGAGAAUAUACAGAUUAAUCUUGCUAAUUUGGAUAUUUUUAAGUUUAAUUUAACAAUUAAUAUUUUUGUCUUUAAUGGUAUUUGAUAUUAUUUAUUAUUUUAGUCCUUAAAAAUAAGAAAAACAUAUCUUAUGUGGAGACUGCUUUUAUAAACCUAUUACUUGGUACUUGAAGCCUAUCUGUACCUUUGAUUAUUUAUAAGAAUAGAAUACAUACGCUUAUAUAAAAAGCUAAAGGUCAAAUAUUCAGAUAGAUAUAUAUUACAUCAAUAAUGAAAUGAAACUUUAAUUAGUAGAAGGAGCUAGUGAAUUUUGUGAAUCAACUUAGCUUGGAUGCUAAUUUAGUAGUGAAUUCCAUUUAGGUGUAUAAAUAAGAAUGAAAUGUAAAACUAAUAGAUAUUACGAUAACUUUUAGUGUUUAAAUUGUAUUGAAUCAUGCAUAGUAUGUUAAUCUAAAGAUGUUUGUUUAACUUGCAUUGAAAAUCAUUAUUUUAAUUAUUAGAAAAAAAUGUGUUUGUCAUGUCCAAAGGAAUGCACAAUAUGUUAAAAUGCACCUACUAGUGAUUUUGGAUAUUAAUGUCUGACAUGCUAAGAGUAUUUAUAUAUUGUUAAUAUAGAAAACAUACUGUAAAUCAUUUAGGAUAAUGUAAACCAUGUGGAAUUUAUUGUGAAUUUUGUAAAGAAGAUUUCAAUAUUUAGACAUAAGAAUAUUUUAUUAGGUGUUUAAAAUGUAUUGAUAAUAAAAUUAUGUCGAUUCGAUUCAAUGGAGUAGAUUGCAUAAUAAUUGAUAUUCCCAAUUGUUAAUAAGCUUUUAUAACCUCCAAAACUAAGUUAUAAUACAAUGCUCUUACUUAUAAUUUCUAACCUUCUAAUGAUUUAUCAGAUGAGUAACCAAUUUGUGCUUUAUGUUAAUGGAAUUACUUGUAUUUUUUUGAUUAACAUACUUGUAUGGAGAUGGAUUAGAUAAAUUGUUAAAUUGGAUUAACUAAAAGAUUUAUUUAUAAUGGGAUUGAUUAUGGAGUUCAAGGAGUUUGUUUAAUUUCAGAUAGUACAUCUUCUUUCAGCAUUUAGGGUGAAAUUUGUAAUAAUGAAAUACCUAAUUGUUAUUGGUGUUAUACGAAAAAAAUUAAGACAAAUGCUUAUUGCUUGAAAUGCCAUUAAGGGUAUUAUACAUCUCGAUUAAGUGGUUAAUGUUUAUUAUGUCCAGAUAAUCUACACUGUAAAACAUGCUAUCAUUCAACUAUAGGAUAUAAUGAUGAAUGGAAGAAUAAUAUAAUUGUUUUGAAUUACUAUCUAUAAACUUAAGAUAAUAAUUCAUAUUUUGUAAAUUAUUAAAAUUAUGAUUUAAUAGUAUUGGAACAGUGAUUAAAGUUAAAAUUUAGAUGAUUAUUAAAUAAUAUGUACUUCAUGUUACUCUGGAUAUGUAUUAAAAGAUAAUAAAUGCAUUAAAUAUUGUGAUGACAGUUGUAAAAGUUGUAUUUAUUUGAAUGAUAAAUAUGUAUGUUAAACUUGUGGUUAGAACAUAUAUCAUAAUCUAUUAAGUUUAGUUUAAUAUUAAUGCUCUGUUUGUCCUAGUUAUUGUGAACUUUGUAGAGAAAGAACAGAUGAUGAAAUUCUAAGUGUGAAUUCACUGUUUAUUAAAACUAUAAGCAAUUCUAUUUACACUUAUUAGUGUUUAAAACCUUAUGAAAAUGAUGAAACUUUAUUUUAUGAUAGUACAAUAGGACAAUUUAUAUCAUGUUAGAAUUCUGAGCAAUGUGAAAAUGUAUUAACAUUUGAAUUGAAUUUAUUUUGUUAAGAUGAAGAUUACUUUGAUUAAUUGUAAUUAAUUUAAGAUACUGACUUAAAAAACUAAUUUAAGAAAUAAAAUAUAAUGUUUUCACAAUUAUUAUAAUCUAAUAUUUAAGGAAACAGCUUUUAAAUAGUAAUAUUAUAUAAUAUCUACUUAGUUUGAUAUUGAUUCCAUUUAUGAAAUAAUGAAUAAGAAAACUAUUAAGAGAAUUAAAUUAAUUCUUUAAUCUAAUAUUGAUUAAGUUUGUUCAAUUCCUUAAUUGAGUUAUAUAACUUAAGCUUUCUCUUAGAAUGUUUUUUCUGCAAUGUAAUAUAUUUAUAUUUAAUUAAAAAUAGUGAUAUUUAAUUAACAUUUAAAUCUAAUAUUGAAAAAGAAUUGUAAAUAAUAAUUUUUGAAGAAUUACACUUUAUAGAUUUUACAGUAUUGA